UUGCUGUGAAAAGAUGAAGAAAAUGAUCCAGCAUGAGAUUUUUUCGGCUUCAGCUUUUGUUGUUCUUGUUUGUUGUUUUUAUGUGAGGACAGUUGAAGGAGUUUAUGUGAAGUACGAUACCGGAGCCCGGAUCGUUCCCGGGAAACUGAACGUUCAUUUGGUUCCACAUUCACAUGAUGAUGUUGGUUGGUUGAAGACUGUUGAUCAGUACUAUGUUGGAUCAAACAACAGCAUUCAGGGUGCUUGUGUUCAGAAUGUGCUUGACUCGGUUGUCAAAGCAUUGCGUAGCGACCCGAAUCGAAAAUUUGUUUUCGCUGAGAUGGCUUUUUUCCAACGGUGGUGGACAGAACAAAGUCCGGAAAUACAAGAACAAGUGAAAAAACUUGUAGAUGCAGGGCAACUGGAAUUCGUUAAUGGUGGUUGGUGUAUGCAUGAUGAAGCUGCAACACAUUACAUAGACAUGAUCGAUCAAACUACUUUAGGUCAUCGCACAAUAAAGGAACAGUUCAACACGGUUCCUCGAGCCGGAUGGCAAAUAGAUCCUUUUGGUCAUUCUGCUGUGCAAGGCUACCUCCUUGGUGCUGAGGUAGGCUUUGAUUCAAUGCAUUUUGCAAGAAUUGAUUACCAGGAUAGAGCACAAAGGAAGAACGACAAAUCUCUCGAGGUCAUAUGGCAAGGAUCCAACACUUUUGGUUCUUCAUCUCAGAUUUUUGCAAAUGCUUUUCCCGUUCAUUAUAGUCCUCCAGAAGGUUUCCAUUUCGAAGUGAAUGAUGACUCUGUGCCUGUCCAGGAUAACCCUCUUCUAUACGAUUACAAUGUUGAACAGCGGGUUAAUGACUUUAUUAACGCUGCAAUGAUCCAAGCCAAUGUGACAAGGACAAACCAUAUUAUGUGGACAAUGGGAGAUGAUUUCCAGUAUCAAUAUGCCGAAACUUGGUUCCGACAGAUGGACAAAUUUAUUCACUAUGUUAACAAGGAUGGCAGAGUUAAUGCAUUGUAUUCUACACCAUCCUUGUAUACUGACGCAAAAAAUGCUGCAGAUGAGCCAUGGCCAACUAAAACCGAUGACUAUUUUCCUUAUGCUAGCAGCCAAAAUGCUUAUUGGACCGGAUAUUUCACAAGUCGGCCAGCCUUUAAACGAUUUGUUCGGAAGCUUAGUGGAUAUUAUCUGGCAGCAAGACAACUUGAAUUCUUGGUGGGAAAGAGAGCCAAUGGUUCCAAUACAUUUCGUUUGGGAGAUGCUCUAGGUAUUGCACAGCACCAUGAUGCCGUCAGCGGUACUGCCAAACAACAUACAACCGAUGACUACUCGAAACGCCUUGCAAUAGGAGUCACUGAGGCCGAAGCGGUUGUAUCUUCCGCUCUCUCAUGCCUAACCAAGAAAAAUUCUGGAGGUAAAUGUGAAGAAUCUGGAAAUACAUUCAGCCAGUGCCAACUACUCAACAUUAGUUACUGUCCACCAACAGAGAAGGAUAUUCCACAAGGGAAGAGCUUGGUGGUGGUUGCAUAUAAUCCUAUUGGAUGGAAUCGCACUGAAAUUGUUAGAAUACCAGUUAACGACGCCAAUCUUAUCGUCAAAGAUUCUUCUGGUAAUAACAUUGACGUACAAUAUAUAGCUUUGGAUAAUGUUACAAGAAAUGUACGGGAGUUCUAUACAAUGGCUUACUUGGGACAGUCCUUGGGUACGGCUCCAAAGUACUGGCUACAUUUUCAAGUAUCUACACCACCACUGGGCUGGAAUACUUACUUCAUUUCUAAAGGAGCUGGUAAAGGACGACGCACUGCUGGAAUAGUCUCAGCGAUGCCACAAAAAGGGACAAUUGAAGUUGGAAAGGGAAAUCUAAAGAUGUCUUUUUCUACUAUUUCUGGCCAACUCCAGCGGAUGUAUAAUUCUCGAACUGGAGUAGAUGUACCAGUGCAGCAGAGCUACCUGUGGUAUGGUUCAAGCCCUGGUGAUUCUGAUCCCCAGGCAUCUGGUGCAUAUAUAUUCCGGCCUAAUGGCUCACCUCCAACUGUUGUUUCACGAUCAGUGCCAUUGAGGGUUACUCGUGGUCCCAUAGUUGAUGAAGUUUACCAACAGUUUAAUGAAUGGAUACACCAGGUCACCAGACUUUUUAAAGACAAAGAGCAUGCUGAAAUCGAAUUCACUAUUGGUCCGAUCCCCAUGGACGACGGUGUGGGGAAAGAAAUCAUUGCUCGGCUGACAGCGAAUAUGGUCACAAACAAGGUGUUUCAUACUGAUUCUAAUGGGAGAGACUUUCUAAAACGGGUACGAGACUUCAGAGAAGACUGGAACCUUACAGUUACUCAACCUGUAGCAGGAAAUUACUAUCCAAUUAACCUAGGAAUUUAUACGGUGGAUAAGAAAUCCGAACUAUCCGUGUUGGUUGAUCGUGCCACCGGAGGAUCAAGUAUUAAAGAUGGAGAAAUAGAAUUCAUGCUUCACAGGCGGAUGAUCGAUGAUGAUUCCAAAGGAGUAGGCGAAGCCCUUGACGAAAGUGUCUGUGCGGGAAGCACAUGCGAGGGACUUACGAUUCGAGGGAAUUACUACGUUAGCAUCAACCGGAAAGGAGAGGGUGCACAAUGGCGUCGAACGACCGGUCAAGAAGUUUACUCGCCACUUCUUUUAGCUUUCACGCAUGAGAAAACGGAGACCUGGAAAUCAUCCCAUUUGACAAAGGCAACUGCCGUGGAUUCGGGGUACGCUUUACCGCUCAACGUUGCGUUAAUCACUCUUCAGGAACUGGAUGUCGGAACUACUCUAGUCCGUUUAGCACAUUUGUACGAAGAGGGCGAGGAUUCUACAUAUUCAAAACUGGAAAAAGUUGAACUAAAGAAGAUGUUCAAUGGAAGAACGAUAAAGGAAGUGAAAGAAACGAGCUUAACAACAAACCAAGUGAAGUCUGAGAUGAAGAAAUUGUCAUGGAAACUAGAAGGUGGGAAUGGAGAAGAGGCUUCCCCUGUUAGAGGUGGCCCUCUCAACAACUCAACUCUGAUUGUGGAGCUUGGUCCAAUGGAGAUCCGCACUUUCCUAUUGAAAUUUUAAUAACCACUGUAUCCCCACUUCCAAA